AUGAAUAGUGUGCGCUAUUUUGAGAAUGGCACAAGUGGCCUUGGGAAGAAGGCCUGGCAUGACCAGGAACUGCUGUCAGGUUACAACACAAAAAGAGUGGACCAUUCCAAUACAAGAUUGGUACUCCAGAUUGAAAAGGAUGCAGGAAAUGAUGAUAACCUUAACUCCAUCUUUUACGAGCACCUAACAAGAUCUCUGCAGGAGACCCUUUGUGGAGAUUUGAUUCUUGGACGCUGGGGAAACUACAGUUCCGGGGACUGCUUUAUUUUGGCAUCUGAUUACUUAAAUGCUUUUGUUCACUUGAUAGAAAUUGGAAAUGGUCUUGUCACAUUCCAGCUCAGAGGGCUAGAAUUUCGAGGGACUUAUUGCCAGCAAAGGGAAGUGGAGGCUAUAACAGAAGGAGAUGAGGACAAUGAAAAUUGCUGCUGUUGUAAACCAGGCCAUUUUCCUCACUUGCUCUCAUGCAACGCAGCUUUCAACCUUCGAUGGCUGACUUGGGAAAUAACACGGACUCAGUACAUUCUAGAAGGGUACAAUAUUAUUGACAACAGCGCAGCCACCAUGCUCCAAGUGUUUGACCUGAGAAGGAUACUCAUUAGAUAUUAUAUAAAGAGCAUUAUAUAUUUUACUGCAAGCUCCCCCAAAAUCCUGUCCUGGCUAAGAGAUGAAUCAUUCCAGAAAACACUGCAGCCAUUCUCCAAAUGGCAUUAUAUUGAGCGUGACCUUGCCAUGUUUAGCAUUAACAUUGAUGAUGAUUAUGUCCCUUGCCUUCAAGGAAUCACCAGAGCAAGUUUUUGUAGUGUUUACUUAGAUUGGAUUCAGUUCUGCGCUGGGAAAAGAGUGGAGCCUGUAGAGUGUGAUGAAGAUUCUCCUUUAGUAACCCUUUCCUUUGCAUUGUGCAUUCUCGGUAGAAGAGCUCUGGGAACAGCAUCACACAAUAUGGCCAUCAGCUUAGACUCCUUCCUCCAUGGCCUCCAUGCCUUGUUCAAAGGAGAUUUUCGAAUUACAUCAAGAGAUGAAUGGGUGUUUGCCGAUAUGGACCUCUUGCAUCAAGUUGUUGCUCCUGCAAUUAGAAUGUCAUUGAAAUUACACCAAGACCAAUUCACUUGUCCAGAUGAAUAUGAGGACCCUGCUAUUCUUUAUGAUGCAAUUCAGUCCUUUGAAGAGAAAGUUGUGAUUUGUCAUGAAGGAGAUCCUGCUUGGCGCAGUGCCAUCCUCUCAAAUAAAGAAGAGCUCCUUACUUUUAGGCAUGUGGUAGAAGAAGGAACGGACGAAUAUAAAGUUAUAAUGCUCCACAAAAGCUAUUUAAGCUUCAAAGUAAUCAAGGUUAACAAGGAAUGCGUCAGAGGGCUUUGGGCUGGACAGCAACAGGAACUGAUUUUUUUACGCAAUCGUAACCCAGAACGAGGCAGCAUCCAAAAUAAUAAACAGGUGUUGAGGAAUCUGAUUAACUCUUCAUGCGACCAGCCUCUGGGAUACCCCAUGUAUGUUUCUCCUUUGACAACAUCCUAUAUAGGGACUCACAGUCAGCUGAAAAAUCUCUGGGGUGGACCGAUAAGUCUCCACAGCAUCAAAAGAUGGUUCAGAAACAAAUGGCUUAGAAUGCGGAAAGACUGUAAUCCAAACCACAGUAGUGGAAGCUGUGAGGAAGCCAGCAGGAAUGGAUCUUCCAGCAGUAAUCCAGCUAAUAAUUCAAGCCAGAGCAGCAGCUCCCAGCAUACAAGGAACAGCACACCCCAAUUGCACCCUUCCCUUCAGGUUGCUCAAUUCUCAG